CGACGAAAAAACAACGCGUCGUGGUGCCGUCGCCCCGCCUGCCGCCUGCCGCGCGGGAGGGCGCGCGCGGGGCGCCGCUCGGCGCGCCAUUGGGCGGCGCGCGGCGGGAGGGGUGUCGGAGCCGGCGCCGCCGGCGGCCAGUCGUUUGACGCCUGCCGCGCGAGCGGGUGUCGCCACGGGACGAGCGAGUGUCGCGAACGAGCCGCCGGCCGGCGCGUUAUGGACGUUGCAUGAGCGGGCGCGAGCGCGACCGCUGGAGCCGACGGGCACGCCGGUCGUGGAGCGCACGCCGUGGGCCCCGGGCGGCGCGGGCAUGCGCUUCGAGGGCGCGGAGCGGCGCGACGCCGUCGCCUUCCAUCCGCUGCUGGCGCCGCGCCCGAGUGACUUCUCGGUGUCGGCGCUGCUGACGGCGGGCGCACUGCCUCCGCCUCCGUACCUGCCAGCCGCACUCGCCGCUGCCGCAGCGCUGUCCGCGCCCUGUCCGCUGCUGAAGCCACCACCGCCUCCGUACGCGCCACUGCCGCCGGACGACGACGGUGUAGUCGACGACCCCAAGGUCACCCUCGAGGGCAAGGACCUCUGGGAGAAGUUCCACAAGCUGGGCACCGAAAUGGUGAUCACCAAGAGUGGCAGACAAAUGUUCCCACAAAUGAAGUUUCGCGUAUCCGGUUUGGACGCGAAGGCGAAAUACAUCCUUCUGCUAGACAUCGUCGCAGCAGAUGACUACCGAUAUAAGUUCCACAACAGCCGGUGGAUGGUCGCCGGCAAAGCUGACCCUGAAAUGCCUAAGAGGAUGUACAUCCACCCCGAUUCGCCCAGCACGGGCGAGCAGUGGAUGCAGAAAGUGGUCUCAUUCCACAAGCUGAAGUUGACCAACAACAUCAGCGACAAACACGGAUUCGAGCUCAUCUAUAGCCAAAGCCAACGGAUGUUGUCAAAGUUGCUGUGGCCCAACCCCGCCCCUAGUGCGCCCAGAGACCCCCACUCAGAUCAUUUGACGAUCCUGAACUCGAUGCACAAGUACCAGCCGCGGUUCCACCUGGUGCGCGCCAACGACAUCCUCAAGCUGCCCUACUCCACCUUCAGGACCUACGUGUUCAAGGAGACGGAGUUCAUAGCGGUCACCGCUUACCAGAACGAAAAGAUAACACAACUAAAGAUUGACAACAAUCCUUUUGCGAAAGGAUUCAGAGACACUGGAGCGGGGAAACGAGAAAAGAAUCUGUCCGUGUACCGCAGGCAGGCGCUGCUGACGGCGCGGACGGACGCGCGAGACGAGGAUGACGAGCGACCCCUGGACGUGGGCGGACCUAGCAGCCCCCCGCCACCACCGCCUACUACGCAGCACUCCACCAGCUCAUGGUUCAGUUCGAGUGGAGGUGGCGGCGGUGCAGACUCAGGCCCCGAAGAAGCCAUCGAGGCCGGCUCCGACUCCUCGUGUUCGGGUGGAGCGCGCGCCUCCUCCCCGCCCGCGGGUCCUUCCCGCCCCUCCCCCGCGCCCGACGUCUCCCUAGGCCCGCCGGUACAACCUCCUCUACUCCCGUACCUCUAUCCGCCUUCCUUGUACCCUCCUCCAUUCUUCCCUCCGCACCAAAUGCCGCCUGGUCUUUUAUUCAACCUCCAUCCGCUGCUGCAGCAGUAUUCCCUACCACCGCCGCCCGCGCUUCCGGCGCCUGCUGUAGCCCCGUCGCUGAGUAAAGCGCACAGGUUCGCCCCGUACGCGCUGCCAGGACUUGGAUCGGCGUUUGAACAAGUAGCGCCGCGUGCGAGGAGUUUAAGUUCAUCACCAGCGAGACCUCGACCGGGAUCUCCUCCAGCGCGGGCCGCGUCCGCUGACCCCCCUCCCGACGCCCCGACAAGUACAACCUCCAGCACCCCGCCAGCGUCCGACCUCAAGAGCAUCGAGCGCAUGGUCAACGGCCUGGACGUCGAAACUCAGGACUGACUCGGGACGCAGCCUUGUAAAUAGCGUGUAUUUAUAUCAGCCCGUCGCUUCGUUGUUCGCGAGAUGAGAGGACUAAGCGACGGGCGCCGUUUUGUAUCGUUCCUAUUUUGUUUUCCUUUCGAGUUCCAUUCGGGUCGAUUAUCAUAUACUGUUUGUAAAUAGUUACGCUUGCAGUAGGUGGCCGUUGACGCGUGUCCGACGGCCGCACCUCGAAGUAGUCGCUCACUGCACUCCUGGUGUGUGGAUUGUCCGAACGUAGUGCUGACUCGAUGACCUGGAGGUAAUAAACUUUUCUACAUUUAGUAACAUAGUUCUUUAAGAACUGUUGUUUCCAGAUUUUGAAUCUCAUGACAAGUUUGUCUUGGCAGCACUACGUGUCUUAGACCUUUUUUGUAGUAGCGAGACCAUAAAACUCACCUAUUCGAGUUCCAGUUGGCCGUACAUCAAACGCUGGCAAUAGCAAUGUUAAUUUUUAAUUAAUUCAUGGCACUUAUUAGUGUUUUUAUUCAAGCUCGGUCGUUCGUUCAUUCGUUCGUUCGAUCAUGUGAGUCUUGCUACUACGAAAGUCUAACUCAAGGAAACCACGAUUCAAUCCGUUAACUUCACGUAGAACACAAUAGCUAUCUCUCAUAGAUAACACAGCAAUAGCAGUACCUACCUUUAUGAUAAUUAUAACACAAUUUAUUCGACAAAGUAACAAAUGACGUCAUUGUUCAUAAAUAAACUCAUAUCAGUCAUACUUGCUCCACACAGAUUGUUGACAUAAAAAAAAUGAUAUUUAAAGUACAUAUUAUGUAAAGUUCGUUAAAUAUUUUCUUGUAAUCGUUAUUUUGUUUUCUGUUAUUUUAGAAUCUAUUACAGAGCUAUGUUAUGUACUUUAAAUUAUAUAAUGUAUAUUGUAAUAAAAAAAUAAUGUUUUAUUGAUAUAUUUUCAUAUUGUAAUAAUUAUAAAAAAUAUUAGAUUAGAUUUUUUUUCAGUCGGUGACGUCAUAUUUGACAAAUUGUCGAAUAAAGCAAACAUGUUUUCCCCAUUUUUAUUAAUAAUUAAAUUACAUGGAUAGUAUCGCUUAAUUUUGUAAAUACAAAUAUAAGGUAUAUUUACGUGUUUACUAAUAGACAUAUUUUGAAAAUAUGUUUUGUCAAUUGUGCUGUGACAUUUGUGUGCGAACAAUUGUUGCUAUAUACAAUCAAAAACAACAUAUAAACAAAAAAAAACAUUAUAAAAGUUUUCUUAUGUAAUAUUGCAAUCAGUUUACAAAAAAAGCAUUUUGAAAAAAAAAAUCUAUAAGCAACAAUUGCGCGCAGACAAAAAAAACGAUUGAUGGAAAAAACUAGUUUUAUUAAUGUAAGUUAAAGAUUUGUAAUAUAUAGUUGAUAAAAUUGUAGUUAAAGAUACAAAAUAUAUAAUUAUAAAUGAAUAUAAUUUUCCAUGGAAUUCAUUAAUUAAAUUUAAGCUCAUUGAAAAGUUUAAUUCGGAAAUAGAUACCUAUAUACGUAAAUACGUUUUCUUUUUUUGUUUUAUAAAACCUACUUUAUUAACUUACGAAAAUUUCAUACUGUAUGUAUAAUAAAUAAUAAUACUUAAUUGUCACCCGGCGAUUUGAAAUGCAAUAAAAUUAUUGUUUAUUUGCCAUUAUUUCUACAGAAAAAAGCAAGCUAUGUGAAAAUGGUGAGACUGUAACAUUACGCAGCUGUAUUGAGAAUUAUUCAUUAAAAUAUAGAUAAAUCUAUUGACAAAAUCA